AUGAAUACAUUAAAUACCAAGGAUGAAAUGCUAGAUUCACUUGGCCCUGGCCAAGUGCUGAAGACAAUUCCAAAUGACGGUCCAUUAUUUACACUACCACCAUUUCAUUUCAUAAUGGACGUAGAGGACUCAAAUACAGGGCCCACACUUUUACCACAACCAACAACAUCCAUGGAUGUACUCAAAAAUGCGUCCACUUCAGAUUACAACAGUUCUCUACAACUUUCAGCAGAGAGUGACCCUGUAUCUUUGGCGGAUGAGCCUUCGAUCAUGUCUGAUCCACAUCAAUCCCUUUAUAAAAACAGGGGGCAGCCACAACCUGAAGAAUCACCACAAGCCCAUCACCAACAUCAGCGACCAUACCCCGACAAGAAUGUGUCCUAUGUUGAUUUGGAUCAAUGCCCUACAAAAUCUCGUUCUCCUUGUUGGAGCCCUGAAAAUUUGCACCUAACCCCUAGUAUUACGAAGCCUAGCUUCCAAGCCUCUAUUGAUCUGGAGCAAGAAUCCACGGAUGACUCCUUAUUGAUGAGCAUCGUGUAUGUACUCUUAAUUUUGUAUCACUUUCGCCUCAUCCUAUUUCACUUUUUAUCUAUUUUUAUACAUAUCUCUUAA